AUGAUCCCCUCCGUUGCCGGUCUACUUCCCCUGGCCCCGGUGUCUACACUCUACAUGCCGCUGGCUUGUCAAGUUGACACCCGUGCGUAGUGCUGAGUAUGACCUCCCCCAGCCCAACAAAAAACGAAUUGUCUCAGUCAUGAUGUCGUGCGCUAUACACGUUGCUUGACUGUCGAACCGUACGUGAGCCUCGGGUUGCCUGAUGUGAAACAUCGCCUUGGUCUCGUCGUUGGCUUCAUCUCAGAUAGCGCCGUAAGCUGUGAUGUUGUGACCGACAUUACUGCAUUUGCUCUAGUCAUGGCCUCGUGCCUGGCGCGCCGAUAUUGUUGACCACCAGCCCCUCUUUCAGCUGUGACGCUCCUUUCCGCUGGGCCCGAGGAUGUCUUCGAACAGCACGGUCGUCGUGUAUGCAAAUGACCCGUCCUUGAACUACAGCCGAUCAGCUUGGACAACGGUCUCAUAUCCGAGCUCGAAUGUUACAUUGGCCGUCGCGAAAGGAGCCGCGUCGGGCACGCUCAAAUUCAAUGGUACCCAGAUAGCAGUCUACGGGGUGCUCGAGACCGGGCAGCCGGUCACGUCUACCUACUCAAUCGACGGCUCGUCAGCAGAGUCCUAUACGGGCCCAUCGGACCUGACGAGCCAACAGUUUGAGGUUGUUCUCUUCCUCUCUCCGGAACUCAGUUCCGACCAGCACGAGCUCUCGAUAAACGUUGUCAACGCUACCUCCAACGCACCCUACAUCCUCGAGUUCAUACUCUACAUCCCGACCUCAACAGACGUGUCUGGUGCGACAUACUCGUCGACCUCCCUACAUGGCUCAACGGCAACGAUCGUGGUCUCCAACGCCACUGCCAGCAGCGCUGCGCCGGUGGGGGCCAUCGUAGGCGGGGUAGUAGGUGGGGUCGCGGGACUGAUGAUCCUGGGUUUGGCGACCUACUUCUUCCUGAGGCAGAAGCUAGCGCGGAAGGGGCGACCGUAUUUCUACGAGGAAGUCGGGGCCGGGGAGAUGCUCCAGGAUGAUAUCAAGCCCACAGAUCUCCCUAUGGCCGCGGUCACAGUGACGCCGUAUCCGACCGACGCAGCGUCCUCCUCAGCGCCUUCGCGAUACUCUGACCAUCCCGCGCCCAGCGCCUCCGAGUCUGAGUCCGCAGCGUAUCCUGCGGCCCCGCCUGGACUGGGCGCGCCCGCGGGCGGUAGUGUGCACUCACAACUCGACGCACCGCGAUCGCCACAGUCGACCAGCUACGCGUCGCACACGAGUGGCCAACGGCCAACGCUCACUCUCGUCGGCGGCUCCGAUCGCGAGGAUGACUACGCAUCGCCGGAUCAACCACGGGGCAAGGCUGCUGAGGCAGGCUUACUCUCCAUUGGGAAGGAAACGACAUACUACCAGGACUCGGGGCUGCGAUUCAACGCACGUGGAGACGGCCCGUCCACUGUAGAGGAGGUACCCACAGAUGUCCCUCCAUCUUACUCCGAACACUGAUGACACGGCUUGAACAUAUUCGUUGCUUUCGACAUACCUAUUCACUAUUGCUCAUCGGGGACUUUGCUACGCACAUACUCACCACGCUAUUUGCUUUACGGUCUUGCUUGUUGUAUUUGGUGGGAUGGUCUCGCAUACAUGGACUUGCCUUCUCGUAGCCCAUCACGACAAUUCGAAGUCGGAAGCAGGAAACCCGGCCUCGUCGCAUGUUUUCGUUUCUAGAUCCUCGUUGAGUCGUUC